AAAAAAACCUACAUCUGAUCAGAACCCCCUCUGCCCUCACCCUCCAACCCAAGGGCUCCUCUCCACUCCCUGCAGAGCCUGGGCUCUGGGCCUGCCCCCAGGGACACGCCCCCUCCUGCCCAUCAUGCCAACAGCUUCCUGCCUCAGGGCCAGUGUGUGUCCUGCUCCUUGAUCCUCAGGUCACAGAUACCACUGCCACCACCAACCAUACCUCGCCUCCGGCCCCCAAGAAGGUGUAAAGGGGAAAACUCAGUGUGUUCCUUCCUGUGUAGGAAAAAACCCAGUUGUUCCCGACUUGUCUUUCUUCCCUGUGUAUUCCCUUCCCUUCACAGACAACACUUCACUUCUGACGCUUCUGGUCACCAAAUGCGUGGAGGAUUUUCCCCAUGAUAACAAUUAAGUUUCCGACCCCAGUAGGGUGUCUGAGGAUUCGACUGGAUUCUGACACUGUCUACCCCAGGGUGGCAUCACACCCCACAGGUUAAGGGCUCAGGCCCACAAGAACAUUCCCCCCGCCAUGUCCCUGACCCCCUUCAGAAGCCUGGGUUUCUGACCGAAUUAGAAGUUCCCACGACCCUCUCCUCAGGAUCGAUUAACUUCUCAAUUUUGAAAAGCGAGGGUCUUAGUGGAAGGCCCCUGGAUGCCACGGCCCCUCCUGCCCUGGACUGCACAGGGCACUCGCUCCCUUCUUCGAGCUGGAUAGCCGCUCAGUACCUGCCACCCUGGCCUUGGGUCCCCACCCAGCAAGGCCUGGGAGUGAGCAGCCACAUUUUCCAGCCCUGUGGCGUCCCACCCUCGUCCUUGUUUCUGUGCCCAUAGCACCCGGGGCCUCACCAUGGAGGUUCCCAGCCAGGCCCAGUAGGGGUCUCACCUUCCCAGAACUCCAGGACCCUCAGGGUGGCCGCCUCUCUACCCAUUAUGGGGAGGCUGGGGAGUCUGCAGACCCCUCCCCCCAAACCCCACCCUCACUCUACCCCACCCCAUCCCCCCUCUGUCAGAAGAAAGGGCCAGGGGCCGAGUGCAGGAGCUGGGCCUUCCUGAGGGCCCCUUCCCUCCAGUUCUGGGUGGUCCCAAGCAAAGGAAUCCAUCUUCCCAGCAGAGAAAUGGACCCACUCCCAUCCCUGGGGAUGGGACAACUGGUAGGUCAAGUGUCAGGACCCAGCAGGUGCCCGUGGGGCCCUGUCCCUCUCACACAGAGGUCACUCACCCUUAAUGUUCCACACUUACCCAACCUAAACUCUCCACACUCACCCCACCAGGCGUGCGCACACACACAUCACACACCUCACACACACACACACCACACAUACCACACACAUCACACACAUCACACCACACACACACACACCACACAUCACACACACACCACACAUAUCACACACACACCCCGAGAUGCAAGCGCUUUCCACAGCAAUGGGGGAGAGGGGGCGGGGCCAGAGCGCAAGGUCGCUGGCGCCUUAACUACACUUCCCAGAAGACUGUGCUACACGGUCGUCCGUGCUAGACGUCAGAGCGGCUCCGGCCCCGAUGCCCUCUGGGAAAUGCAGUCCACCCCUGCGCGGCGCAAAAGAUCCCGGGAGUUGUAGUGCCCGUCUGGUCUGCGCAGGCGCACGUCUGGCGACGGUCGCCCGAGCUCUUUUGUGGCGGCGGCCGUCUUGUGUGAGGUGGGUGAGCUCGUCCGCGCGUCCGGCCGGCCGUCGGUUCGUCAGCCCGUCCGCCCCAGGCCUGUGUGCCGCCUCCGCGACUCCCAGCGCCGGGCGGCAGAGCCCGAGGCCUGGCCGGCCCGCGCGGGCCCGGACAACGUCGGUGACGGGCUGGUGGGGCAAGCGAUGGGGCGAGAGCACAGCCCGGGGCGCGGGGCGCCUGCGGAGCCCGCCUGACCCCGACCCGGGGCGCGGGCCGCCCCCGCGGGGCUGCGCGAGGGUUCUGAGCCCCGGGAGGUGGACCCGCCCCGCCCCCGCCCGGGGCGGCCGCCAAAGGAGGGGGCCAUGGAGGCCCCGGAGCCCCGGGAGGCAGCUCCGUCCUCUCAGGACCCUGUUCUUCCCCUCAAAGAGAUUCCAGAAGAUAAAUUGAGUCAGGGUCUCCUGGAAGGCAGGUCCGAGGAGUUGGUGACUUUCAAGGACGUGGCCGUGGACUUCACCCAGGAGGAGUGGGGACAGCUGGACUCCCCUCAGAGGGCCCUGUACCGGGACGUGAUGCUGGAGAACUACCAGAACCUUCUUGCCCUGGGGCCUCCCGUCUGCAAGCCAGAUGUAAUCUCUCACCUGGAACGAGGCGAGGAGCCAUGGUGGGCGCCUAGAGCUGUCCCUGGAGGGGCUGGUCCAGAUCUCAGCCCUGAGCCCCAGCGCCGCACCUCCGCCUGCUCUCAGAAGGUAGUAUCUCCAUUUCUUACAGAACCAGAAUGGGAGCCGGGGCCUGAGGUGGAGGAGCCAUGGUCUCAGCAGCUGUGCGUUUACAAAGAAGAACCGUCAUGGGAGCUGAUCGCAGGUGGGCUGGCGAGGUCCGGUCUCCACAGCCCCGGUCCUGGUGACAGGGGCGCCCAGGGGGCCCUGGCGACUGCUCUGUCACAAUGUGAGGCCGCCAGCACCAGGGACGGUCCCACAGAGGAGCACCGAUGGGGCCAUGUGGUGUCUGAGGAGGCUCUUGGCCGGAGGUGUGCCCUCCUGGCCCAGCCCAGCCUUCCCGCAGAAGGAGCCUCUCCGGACGGCUGCGUGGGGAGCGUGCAGUCCAGCAGAGUCAGGCAUCGGAGCCCGGGUGCCGGGAGCGGCCCGUUCACGUGUGGCGAGUGCGGCAAGGCCUUCCAGCGAAGCGCGGCCCUGGCACUGCACCGGCGGUGGCACGCGCGAGAGAAGGCCUACAAGUGCGGUGAGUGUGGCAAGGCCUUCACCUGGAGCACCAACCUCCUGGAGCACCGGCGUGUCCACACCGGCGAGAAGCCCUUCCUCUGCGGCCAGUGCGGCAAGGCCUUCAGCUGCCACUCAUCCCUUAACGUGCACCGGCGCGUCCACACGGGCGAGCGGCCCUACAAGUGCGGCGCCUGUGACAAGGCCUUCAGCUGCAGCUCGCUGCUCGGCAUGCACCUGCGUGUCCACACCGGUGAGAGGCCCUACCGGUGCGGCGAGUGCGGCAAGGCCUUCAACCAGCGGACACACCUGACGCGGCACCGCCGGAUCCACACUGGUGAGAAGCCCUACCGGUGCGGCGCGUGCGGCCGGGCCUUCGCCUGCCACUCAUCCCUGACGGUGCACGAGAAGCUCCACAGCGGGGACAAGCCCUUCCAGUGCGGCGACUGCCAGAAGGCCUUCAGCAGCCGCUCCCGCCUGACGCUGCACCAGCGUGCCCACACGGGCGAGAAGCCCUUCAAGUGCAGCCAGUGCGGCAAAGCCUUCAGCUGCCACUCGUACCUGGUGGUGCACCAGCGCGUCCACAGUGGCGAGAAGCCCUUCCGCUGCAACGAGUGCGGCAAGGCCUUCAGCUCCCACUCCUACCUGAUUGUGCAUCAGCGCGUCCACACCGGCGAGAAGCCCUUCGACUGCAGCCGCUGCUGGAAGGCCUUCAGCUGCCACUCGUCGCUCAUCGUGCACCAGCGCGUCCACACCGGGGAGAAACCCUAUAAGUGCGGCCAGUGCGGCCGGGCCUUCAGCCAGAAUCACUGUCUCAUUAAACAUCAAAAGACCCACUCCGCGGAGAAGCCCUUUAAGUGUCAUGAGUGCGGCGAGGUGUUCGGCUGGAGCGGCCCCCUGGCAGAGCACCGCAGGCUGCACAGCAGGGAGAAGCCCUUUGCCGUCCAGUUCGACAAGCGCUUGCUGAGCACUUACUGCAUGCCUGGCAGCCUACUGGGUACAGGGGGCUCCGGCGGGAGCAGUGUGGGCCCUGUUGAUGCCCUAGGCGUGGCUGAGCUCCUGGGCGUGGUCCCACCCUUGGCCGGAAAGUUCCCCGUGGGCAGCAACCCCAGAAAUUAACUCAUGUGUGCGAGAGACACCCACCUGCCCACCCGGAAACACCCCUUAAGGCUGUCACCUCCUGGGAAGGGAUCCACCGUAGGAGAGGAGAAUUGAGCACGUUUGAGGAUGUACUGUCUUCCUGGUUUUUUUUUUCCGGUCUUUUCUUUGAUGGGUUUGGAAGUCACUGAGGGGGGACAGAUCUUCCCUGCAUAUGAAAAGAAGGUAUGUCAGUCAUGUGUCCUUGGACAGCCUCUUGGUGUGAUUUCGAUCUGGAAUUUCCUUUGUAAACUCUUACGUUUAGAAUGAUAAUUAAAAAAAAAACUGAAUUAUGAACAGUAUUACUUUUAAGUGAACGUUAUAUUCCAGGAGAGGAGAAUAAGCUCAGGUGGUAGGCAUUUGGGAAAAAGCAAAUUUCCUGGACUCGCUUCACUCACAUAGCUCUGCUGCAGAGUCACGUUGUUAGUCAUGCUGUUAGCGCAGCUGUCUUGGAACCUGGCCCAGCAUCCACAUAGCCGGGUCCUAACAUGCCAGCCUCAUGCCUGGCCACCUCGUCCAUGCUGGAAGCUGGAAGGACACAGGGGUGUGCCUCCAGGGUGCAGUGUUGGCACACAGGUGUCUGGAAGCACACCUCCACCCCGGCUGGCAAGGCCACCUGCAGGGCCGCUCAGGUACCACGUAGCUCAGCCCUGUGAGAGGAGCUGGGCCCCGUGCUCCCCGGAGAAGGAAAAAGACGGUGUUCAUCUGGGACUCAUGGCAUUUCUGCUCAGUUCUAAGCAGAUAUAAGCUGCCUUCUCAGUGAUGAUACUUCACAUUUGUAUAAAGUGCUAGAGUUUAUGAAAUGCUUUUUAGUAUACUUUUUAAACUAUGGAGGCAAAAUAACCACUUUACAGAAAAUACAGAAUUAAGGGGAAAAUACCCAUAAUUCUUAAUAAAAUUGCAUUUCGCACUUCGGUACGUUACCUUCUGCUUUUUGAUAUUGCAUUUUUACAUUAAACACGGUGUAUACAGUCAACAUUCUAAUCUUUUUCCCCUGCUUACCUGCAUAGCAGGACUUCUUUUUCCCGCAGAGCCUCACUGUCUUUGGAGCUGUCCUUCUGGAUGGGGGCGAGAUGUUCUAUUAGCUGUUUUUUUGUUGGAUGCAGAAGUUAUUUCCAAGUUUUCACUGUUACAAGUCAUUCUUCAUAUAGCAUCUUUUUGCAUUAUCCUUCUUUAGCGUUGUCUUAGAGUAGAUUUCUAGAAGUGAGAGUUUUGAGAUAAAGGAAAUGAACAGCCUAAGGCAUCGUUUUAGUAUAUUUUUGGUUGUGUGAUAACAAAAGUAAUACCAUCUCAGUGUGAGGAGAACCGACAGUAGUUGUCAGGCGCGUCCAGGUCCCGGAGGCCGACGCUGCUCCGAGCUGGGUCCAGACGGGCUUGCUUCUGGGUGCCAGGGCGAUGAUCCCAGGUGUCCACCCCCAUCGUUCCUCCAGCGUCCUUGGGGCUGGUCUCAGGCCCUUCCUCCAUGACAAAUAGGGAAAGUUCUAUUGGACAACUGCAUUGGCAAAAGAUAGAUAAAAUCUCGGUUUGAUUCAUUUUCAUACUCAUUUUUCCUAUUUUAAAAGAAAUUCAAAUGCAAACAUCUUGGGGGACCCCGGACACCACACCUGCUGUCUGCCUGGCGGGGCUGUUAACGCCCUCAGCUGAGAGCAGCACCUUGCUCUUUGAUAACCGGUGAGGUUGAAAUGGAAUGUGUUCUUAUUGUUGGUCUUCUUGAAAACUGUUUGAAAUACCCUUUGGCCCCCUUCCAUUGAAGUCUCGAUGUUCUUUUAUUUACAUAUAAACUUUGUUUUCUGAUCAUACACGUAAUACAUGUAUAUUGAAGAAAUUUGGGGGAAAAAAUCAAUUUUAUAAGAAUUAAAAUGACCCUUAGAAUCAGUUCACAGGUCAUGACCUGGAGAUGGAUUUCUUUCUGUUUUUUUCCUCUGCGUGUAUACACGUCUUUUUUUUUUUUACAAAAAAAGUGUAAAGGGCUGUAUUAUAGGCAAAAUUAUUUAAGUCAAUAAAUAAAUUUUUAAGGAA